UCUAGAAAUGAUUAAAUGAUGUGGCUCGAGCAGAUAAAGUCUGAUAAAAAACAAUCUCCAAUUGCCGACUCGGAAGCAAGGAAGUGAUAAGAGCCGGCAGAAAGGAAGUCCUCGCACUUGAGGUUAUAUUACCAUCUGUUCGGAAGGACGUCAUCGGAAGCCUCUGCGCAAGACAACAAGGACCAGGAAAGAAGCUUGGAGUCUGUUACUAAGAAGAAAAAAAAUCUUUUCUAGGAAAUCCUUGAUUAUUGUGAAGGGCAUCCAUUGAUUUCUCUAGUUAUAGAUUUCAGGAGAGGAAGGUCUGGAGGAGUGUACAGGGUUAAGGAGCCUGUCUCUUCUGUCCCAAAGGCAAACAAACCUGCAAACCUUGAGUAAAGUCCAAUGGGGAUCACACAGGCAAUAUAGAGGGGACGGAGUUUGGGUGCAUUCUCACUUAAAAAAAGGCACUUGAGCACGUCCUUGUCAGACACAGGUCUGAUAUCAUGGAUCUGGUCCACAGCUGGGGUGUGGAUUUGGUGCAGCACCUGCAGACCAAAUAUAGUAGCUACGAAGGUCUGUUCAGUCUGGCCUCUACUGUUGCUGACCUUCAUACCACCUUCUUCUUCUUCUUCCCCAUCUGGUUCCACGUGCGGAGGGACACGGCGCUUCAGCUCAUCUGGGUGGCUGUCAUCGGGGAUUGGAUCAACCUGGUCCUCAAAUGGGUUCUUUUUGGAGAAAGACCAUAUUGGUGGGUUCACGAGACCCACUUCUACGGGGCAAGAGCAGCUCCAAUGCUGCACCAGUUCCCCAUGACAUGUGAAACUGGACCAGGAAGUCCCUCUGGUCAUGCGAUGGGCGCUGCAGGGGUUUGGUAUGUGAUGUUGCCUGCCGUACUAAGCAUUGCAGCAAACCAACGGUUCCCGCCAUUUCCUUACAAAAUUUUGCAUGUGGUUCUUUGGGUGAUCACGGGCCUCAUGGUGCUGGGGGUGUGCAUGUCCAGGGUCUACAUGGCAGCCCACUUCCCGCACCAGGUUAUCGCCGGCAUCAUCGCAGGCGUGAUGGUGGCCGAAGUCAUGUCAAAGCUGAAGUGGAUCUACAGUGCCGGCUUGAGGACGUAUGCCGUCACCACGCUCCUCUUGACCUCCUUUGCUGUGGGCUUCUACCUGCUACUCAAGGUUCUGGGUGUGGACCUUCUCUGGACCUUGGAGAAAGCCCAGAGGUGGUGUGCCAGACCUAAAUGGGUACACCUGGACAGCACGCCGUUUGCCAGUCUCCUCCGGAAUAUGGGCAGCCUGCUGGGUCUCGGCCUGGGCCUGCACUUUCCACCUCUCUGUGGCACCUCUGUUGCUUUCAAGGCGGUGUGCAUUGUCUUCUCUCUAGCGUUCCUCGGGCUCUUGGACACAUGGACCUUUUCCUCCGAAAACCUGGUGUCUUUCUACUGCUUGUCUUUUGUAAAGAGUGCAGUUGCCCUUUUGAUCCCGACAACGUUGGUCCCGCGGGCUCUCUGCUGGAUAAGCGCAAGAAGCAAAGGUGGCAAGAACUUGUGACCAAUGGGAUGUUUCAUCUCGGUGCUGGAUUAUUUCAUGUAUGGAUUUGGGGAAAUGCAAGUAUGCUGGCAUGGAAACAAACUGUAGUCGUGUUGCUAAGGAAUCAUUUACACAUUUCUCUUGUAUAGACAUGCUGGAAACUAGUUUUGAUUUUAAACAAAGGCACUAAAUGGUUACGUGGUAUCCUACGCAAUUUGCUUUCCGGCUUUGAGUUCCUGCAUUGUUUUUUGUCCAUGUAUUAGAAACCAGACAAGUUUGCGUCAUGACAACAUGCUGACCAUGCUAUUGGCAUCCUAGCAUAAGCUUCAUAUAUGAUACAUUUAUGUUUAUGUAUUGAUUCUUUAUAUGUAUGUGGAAUAACUCAAAUAGGCUUCUACACUGUCCUUGUUCUAUUUUUGCACCAGAGUCAUUAGCUUUUUUUUAGCUCACUAGUCAUUAGCGAUCCAAUGGGAGGUUCCCGUAAUAGCUCAAUGUUUUUCCCCCCCACGGGCCGCUUUGUACUGAUACUGAU